CCGGAGCCGCCCGCCCCGACAGCCGCCGCGCCCGGGCCCCGCCUCGGCCCUCCGCUCGUCCCCGGCGCGCACCGGCCUUCACUCUGGAGCGGCCCGGGCAGCCGCAGCAGGGGCGGCGGCGGCGGAUCGAGGAGCUCUCCAGGUCGUCCCGGGAGAGGCUGCUGCAGUCCCGGGACAGGAUGUUCUCCAAGUUCACCUCCAUCCUGCAGCACGCCGUGGAGGCGCUUGCACCUUCUCUUCCUUUACAAGAAGAUUUUGUUUAUCACUGGAAGGCAAUUACCCAUUACUACAUAGAGACUUCGGAUGAUAAAGCCCCAGUGACAGAUACAAAUAUUCCCUCUCAUCUGGACCAGAUGUUAGGUAUUUUGCUGCAAGAAGAACGUGAGCGAGAAUUUGGAGUGACAGGGCCAUGUAUGGAAUAUUUACUUCAUCACAAGAUCUUGGAAACAUUAUAUACCUUAGGAAAAGCUGACUGUCCUCCAGGAAUGAAACAGCAGGUUUUGGUGUUCUACACUAAACUCCUGGGAAGAAUCCAACAGCCGCUGCUUCCACACAUUAAUGUCCACAGGCCAGUGCAGAAAUUAAUUCGACUCUGUGGUGAAGUCCUUGCAACACCUACAGAAAACGAAGAAAUCCAGUUUCUCUGUAUCGUGUGUGCAAAGCUGAAACAAAAUCCCUACUUGGUUAAUUUUUUUCUGGAGAAUAAGUUGAAAUCAUUGGCUUCCAAAGGCACACCAGAUGUAAUUUCAGAAGACUCAUUGAAAGGUCAAGAUUGCUUGUCAACAGACACAGGACAGUCCUGUCAGCCAGAGGAACUGUCUGGUGCCAUGAGGCUGGAGCACACAGAGUUGGAAGACGAGCCUCCUCAGCAGAUAGAUGACCUGUCCACCAGCUUAGAUAAUCUUGCUGUCACCUCACUGCCAGAGGCCACAGUUGUUCGUCCAAACCAGGAUUACAACUUAGUGAAUUCCUUGUUAAAUCUCACGAGAAGUCCUGAUGGCCGAAUAGCUGUGAAGGCCUGUGAAGGCUUGAUGUUGUUAGUAAGCUUGCCAGAGCCUGCAGCUGCCAAAUGCCUCACGCAGAGCACUUGUUUGUGCGAACUGCUGACAGACAGACUCGCUUCCCUGUACAAGGCCCUACCUCAGUCGGUGGACCCGUUAGAUAUCGAAACAGUGGAAGCAAUUAACUGGGGCUUGGACUCAUAUAGUCAUAAAGAAGAUGCUUCAGCAUUUCCAGGAAAACGAGCCUUAAUUUCAUUUCUUUCCUGGUUUGAUUAUUGUGAUCAACUCAUAAAGGAAGCACAAAAGACUGCUGCUGUGGCUCUUGCCAGAGCCGUUCAUGAAAGAUUCUUUAUUGGAGUUAUGGAACCUCAGUUGAUGCAAACUUCUGAGAUGGGUAUUCUGACAUCAACCGCUCUGCUCCAUCGCAUUGUUCGGCAAGUAACCUCUGACGUUUUGCUGCAAGAAAUGGUAUUUUUUAUCCUUGGAGAACAGAGGGAACCGGAAACUCUGGCAGAUAUUAGUAGACACCCUUUAAGACACAGGUUAAUAGAGCAUUGUGAUCACAUAUCUGAUGAGAUAAGCAUAAUGACAUUAAGAAUGUUUGAACAUCUUUUACAAAAACCCAAUGAACACAUUCUUUACAACUUGGUCCUAAGAAAUCUCGAAGAAAGAAAUUAUACGGAAUAUAAACCUGUGUGUCCAGAAGAUAAAGAUGUGGUGGAGAACGGAUUGAUAGCAGGAGCUGUAGAUCUAGAAGAAGACCCGUUAUUUACUGACAUUUCACCGGAUAACACUCUGUCAAAUCAAGAGUGGCUUAGUUCUUCACCCCCUGCUACUCCAGAGCACCCCAAAAAUGAUGGGAAAACUGAAGUCCAUAAAAUUGUAAAUAGUUUUCUCUGUCUGGUACCCGAUGAAGCAAAAUCAUCCUACCAUGUUGAGGGCACUGGAUAUGACACCUACCUCCGAGAUGCUCAUAGGCAGUUCCAGGACUACUGUGCUAUCUGCUUAAGAUGGGAGUGGCCUGGGUCUCCAAAAGCAUUGGAAAAGUGCAAUUUAGAAGCUACUUUCUUUGAAGGUCAUUUUUUGAAAGUUUUAUUUGACAGAAUGGGAAGAAUUCUUGAUCAGCCAUAUGAUGUAAAUUUACAAGUCACCUCCGUGUUAUCUAGACUUUCUCUCUUUCCUCAUCCACACAUACACGAGUACCUUUUGGAUCCUUAUGUAAACCUUGCCUCUGGCUGUAGAUCCCUCUUCUCCGUAAUCGUCAGGGUUGUUGGAGACCUUAUGGUUCGAAUCCAGCGUAUUCCAGACUUUACUCCCAAGCUUCUGUUAGUCAGAAAGCGAUUGCUUGGCUUGGAACCGGAAGGCCCUAUUAUUGACCACAUCACAUUGCUAGAGGGUGUGAUCGUGUUGGAAGAGUUCUGUAAGGAGCUGGCGGCAAUUGCAUUUGUGAAAUACCACACUUCCUCCACACCGUAAAUAGCAUCCUCCAAGUAGCUAAGGAAGCAAAACUGUAAUGUACAUUUCAUCAAAAAAGACUCAGCUUCACCCAGCCGAGAGGAUAAAAAGCCUUUUAAAUGAAGUACUGCUAUAAACUGGACAGGACCAUUAACUCAUGGAGUGAACAUUCUCAGUAAAAUGUUGUAUAAUGUUGUUUUCAUUGGCUUUACCAUAAUGGUUCUAUCUGUAACAUUGCACGUCCUUGAAUCCAGGAUACAAUCAAAGGAACUUCAGGAAAUAAGCAUUUCUAAUCCCUGUGUGAAAAGCUGCAAAAUUUCUGAUGUCAUGACUUUGAUGAUAUUUCUGUUAUUUUAAUAUCCUUUUAGGUAGCAAGGCAUUUUGACAUUCUCUGGGACUCAAAUGCUUAUAUUCUUUUGGAUUAAUAAGUAGCAAAAAAAGAAAAAAAACAUAAUUUUAUAACUUUUUAAGGU